AUGGCUGUCCUCUCUCUUAUGACAUUGGCCUUGGCCUUUUCCUCCCAGGCCAUGGCCCGCCCUCGCCCUCGUCCUCAGGGCUUCGGUGAUUUCCCCGGUGGUUUCCCCGGCAGCGGACUCGGUGGUGGCAUCCCAACUGGUCUGCCCAGCGGCAUUGGCGGUGGUGCUGGCGGUCUUCCCACUGGCUUGCCCACUGGUAUCAUCCCUGGUGGUGAUUCUGGUAGCCUGCCUACUGGUCUUAUCCCCGGCGGCGACGGCGAGUCGCCCAUCCAGACCCCCGGCGCUGGCUUCGGCGGCAACUUCCCCAGUGGCGGUGGUAGCUUCCCCAGCGGUGGCUUCGGUAACUUCCCCGGCAGCGGCAGCGGCGAUGCCCCUAUCCAGACCCCCGGCGCUGGUUUCGGCGGCAACUUCCCCAGUGGCGGUGGCAGCUUCCCCAGCGGUGGCAGCGGCGAUGGCCCUAUCCAGACUCCCGGCGCCGGCUUCGGUAGCGGAGACGACUCCAUCAUCCCUACCGGCGGCUUCGGCGACAUUGGUGCCCGUGACGCUGCUCAAACUCCUGGCGCCGGCUUUGACUUCCCUACCGGCGGCAGCGACGGUGGUGACUCUCCUGCUUUCCCAACCCAGAGCGGCGGUUUCGGUGGCUUCCCUGGUAGCGGCAGCGACGACGAGGCUCCCGUUCAGACUCCCGGCGCCGGAUUCGGUGGCUUCCCCAGCGGCUUCCCCAGCGGCGAUGCUCCCGCUUUCCCUUCUCAGAGCGGAGGUUUCGGUGGCUUCCCCGGAUUCGGCGGUCGCCACGGUGGUCGUCACGGUCACCACAGCGGCUCCGCAGAUGAGCCUGCCCGAACUCCCGGUGCCAGCUUCGGCGGUUUCCCCGGCGGUGAUGCUACCGACGCUCCCGCGCCCACGCUUGUCCCUACCCCCGGUGCCGGCCAGGGUGGCUUCCCCGGCACUGCUCCCGGAGGCAGCAUCCCCACCUUCAUCGCUACUCCCGGCGCGGGCUUCGGUGGUGGUGAGGGCGCUCCUUCUGGUGCUCCUGGUGCCAUCCCUACCUUCAGCGCUGCUCCCGGAAACGGCGCUGGCAACUUCCCCGGCGGUGACGACGACAGCCAGGAGCAGCCCACUGGUGCCAACGACGCACCCGGUGAGAUCCCCACCUUCGCUGCCACUCCCGGAGUCCCUCUCGGCGACAACGACCAGGCCACUGUCGCUCCCUCUGGCUUCCUCACCCAGACCCGAGCAGCCUUUUAA